AUAUUAAUGAAACACCAACAAAAAGGGCUUCUCUUCUUCUACUUCACUUUUCUUCCCCAAACACGAAUUCCCCAGCCUUCGCCUCAGUUCAUGAUUUUUUCCAUUUCGAUUCUUCCUCCAAUUCAUCUUCCGAUCCUCAAUUCGUGUCAUCGGACCCCUAUCUCCGUCUAGUUUUACAAUCGAACCGGACGAUUUCCCUUCUCAGAUUCAAUAUUGUUCCACAGAGCUUUUGGUGAAAAAGGCGAGGGAUGUUUGAAAGGAGAAGGUUUUUGUUGAUACUUCGAGAUUUCCCUAUAUGAUUUGAACGACAUCGUCGUCGUCCUUUUUUCUUUUUUGUUUCAAGGAUUGUCUGCUAAGUUUGGUUCUCUCGUUUUACUCCAUCGUUUGAACUGUUUGGUUGAUUGCUUUUCUAAUGAUGAUUCUUUAUAAGCAGCCUGAGACUGAGUAUACUCAUUGCCUCUCGAUGGACAAAGGAAUGCCUCCUACCCUUUUUGUCAACGAUGGAUCAUUUAUGGAAAGGUUUAAACAACUCCAACAGAAAAAUGGUGAGAAGGAUAAGGAUAAAGAUAAAGAUGCUACCUCUGACGAGCCAAAACCAAUCAAGAUUGUAGCAGGGACUUCGAUUCCACAUACUAGUAGUAAAACUAGUAUGCAGUUUAAGGGUGGUGAGAUUCGCAAGACUGCCCCAACUGGAAAACUUGCUUUCAGCUUGAAGCAGAAGUCUAAGCUUGUGGCACCUUCUGUGAAGUUAGGAGCAGAUGAGGAUGAAGAUGAACCUGAUGCCGUAGAUGCAUCUGAUCAUCUACCAGAGAAGCGUCAAAAGUUAGGUCCACAAGAUGGUACUGAACAGCCAGUACUUCAAUCUGGUGAUGCACCACCUUCACCAAGUGAUCCUACAGUGAAGAAAGUUGCCGACAAGCUAGCAAGUUUUGUGGCUAAACAUGGAAGGCAAUUUGAGCAUGUUACUCGCCAAAAGAAUCCUGGAGAUACACCAUUUAAAUUUCUGUUUGAUGAGAGUUCUGCAGAUUACAAAUACUAUGAAUAUCAGCUAGCUCAAGAAGAAAAAGCUUUAUCACAGUCCGUCGAACUUAAAUCCUCUAAUGAUGGUGGGAGCAUGCAAACUUCUAAGCCAAGGACUGGUUCUCAGAAAUCUCUCCAGCAGUCUUCCUCAUCAAAUUAUCAAACCCCUGCCUCUGCUUUAUAUGAACCGUCAGAAGAUUCAAGGACUUCGGUGGGUUCAUCCAGUACUACUGCAUGGCCUGAAAGAGCAGGUGAAGCUAGACCACCAUCAAGUGGAGAUCCGAUUGCAAUGAUGGAAUUCUACAUGAAGAAAGCUGCUCGCGAAGAGCGGAUGAGACAACCUAAACAGUCAAAAGAUGAAAUGCCUCCUCCUGCGUCUCUUCAAGCUUCAGCCUUAGGGAAGAGAGGGCAUCACAUGGGUGACUUCAUUCCCCACGAGGAGCUUGAAAAGUUCUUAGCUACAUGCAAUGAUGCAUCUGCCCGGAAAUUUUCUAAAGAAGCCGCUGAUAAGGCUAAAAUUCAGGCUGAUAAUGUGGGGCACAGACUCCUAUCUAAAAUGGGAUGGAAAGAAGGUGAGGGUCUGGGAAGCUCCAAGAGUGGCAUUGCAGAUCCCAUAAUGGCAGGUGAUGUAAAAACAAAUAACUUGGGUGUUGGAGCCCAUCAACCUGGUGAGGUGACCCCUGAAGACGAUAUAUACGAGCAGUACAAAAAGCGAAUGAUGCUUGGUUAUCGUUACCGACCGAACCCACUGAAUAACCCUCGGAAAGCAUACUAUUGAUUGAUGACGGUUCUGCAAAGGCACUUUGAUCAUUCUGGCUCUGUUUCAAAAUUAUGAGAAAAGCCAAACUACGUGGUGGGAGUGGAAAUUAUCUCGAUCUAUUGUGGCAUAAUUAAUGUCUUAACUCAAUAAAUAAUCAAUAGAUGUAGUUCUUUUUAUCCUGUCAUUGAUUUGUUUUUUUUUCCUUCAUUUUCCAUGUGGUGUGGGAUUCGGGGUCAGGGCGGGGUUUUGUUUAAACCUAUUGUGCUUGAUCGGUAUACUGGACUCGUCCUGUUUUUGUGUUAAAUAUGCAUAACUUGAAGCGUUAAUCACCA